CUCACAAGUACUGCCCCUGUGCGCAUGCGCUCUGGUGCGCAGUUCCCCAAAAACGACUCAGAGGGGCGAAAGUGGGGGGUUCGGACGGGCCUUGAGAAGAGCAGACAGGACGACAGAUCGUUGGGGAAAAGGUGACCAGCCUCCUCUUUGGUCUGCAUUCAGGCGAAGGGAAGAGUUGAAGCUCGUUCCGAGAUGCCCCGUGCAGGAGAGCAGAGAGCACAGGCAGGGUCCUCCUGGUGGUGGCUGGCAUCUUUGCUGCUGCCAGUCAUCUCCACCUCUUCCUCCUCUUCUUCUUCUUCUUCAUCCUACUCCUCUUCCUCCUUCCCGACGUACCAGAGAGCGGAAGCCGGAGGGACUCGGACGGGCUUUCUGGGAAGGACGCUGGUUCUGCUGGACGUCAACACCCGCAGUCCCACCCGCAUACUCAACGACAACUUUCUCUCCGUGCAGCUGGACCCUUCGAUCAUCAGUGACGGCUGGCUGGUCUUCCUCAGCUCGAAGCGUCUGGUGACGCUGGCGAGGGGCUUGUCUCCAGCCUUCCUCCGCUUUGGUGGCAAGCGGACCGACUUUCUGCAGUUCAACAACCACAAGAACCUGGCUAAAUACAGGGGGCCCGGGCCCGACUAUUACCUGAAGAACUACGACGACGAUAUAGUGCACAGUGACAUUGCAAUGGACAAGCAAAACGGUUGCAAAGUGGCAAGCCACCCCGAUAUGAUGUUGGAGCUGCAACGAGAGAAGGCGGCCAGCACACAUCUCGUCCUGCUUAAGGAGCAACUGUCCAACAUCUACAGCAACGUAACAAUAACAGCCAGAUCUUUAGACAAAUUGUACAACUUUGCCGACUGCGCUGGUCUGCACCUGAUCCUGGGCCUCAACGCGCUGCACAGAAACCCUGACAACUCCUGGAACACCUCCUCCACACUCAGCCUCCUCAAGUACAGUGCUGGCAAGAAAUACAACAUCUCCUGGGAGUUGGGCAAUGAGCCCAAUGCCUACCGAAGCAUGGUGGGACGCGCCGUCAACAGCACCCAGCUUUCUCAGGACUACGCCCAGCUGCGGACCCUGCUGCAGUCUGUACGCUACUAUAACCGAGCUCACCUUUAUGGCCCAAAUUCAGGAAGACCCCGAAGGAAUGCCAUUCUGCUUCUGGACGGAUUCAUGAAAGAUGCUGGUUCAGUUAUUGAUGCAGUUACGUGGCAACAUUAUUUCCAGGAUGGCAGACUGAAAAAAGUGGAGGAUUUCUUAAAAACACGUUUGUUGGAUACACUGAGAGAACAGAUCACUAAAGUUGCCAAGGUGGUGAGCACACACACACCUGGUAAGAAGGUGUGGCUCGGUGGACUGGGUCCAGCGUGGUCAGGAGGCAUCAAUAAUCUCUCAGACACAUUCGCUGCUGCUUUCUUGUGGGCUAACACGCUGGGAAUGGCUGCUGUUCAGGGAAUUGACGUUGUCUUGCGUCACUCAUUCUUUGAUUACGGAUACACGCAUCUUGUGGACCAGCAUUUUAACCCUUUACCAGAUUACUGGUUCUCCCUGGUCUUCAAGCGUCUGGUCGGGCCUAAGGUCUUAGCCGUGCGGGUUGCUGGACUGCAAAGGAAGCCACAAAAAGGACGAGUCAUACGAGACAAGCUGCGCAUCUAUGCCCAUUGCACCAGCUACUCCAAUCACAACUAUGUAAGAGGCUCCAUCACUAUCUACAUCAUCAACCUAGAUCGCUCGCGGAAGAAAAUCAAGUUGGCGGGCACGCUACGUAACAAGACAGUGCAUCAAUACCUGUUGCAGCCCGACGGCAACGACGGACUUAAAGCCAAGGGAAACAGGCCUUUCACCUCCAGAUGAGAGCGUAAAACAGGGCACCCACUAAUUCUGCAAUAUGCUGAGUUGUAAUAUAUUAAACAUGUUUAGCCAUCAUUAUGGUAAUAGACUAAAUCAAUUAUGUAUUGUGCACUUUAUUGUCUUUUGUCAUAAGUGGGAGUUGAUCACCCCCAAAAAAGAAUAGACACCUAUUGGUCCGUGGAAUCAUGGUUCUGCGUGUAACUGGUCCUGAUCCAUUUUGCAAAAAAGGUUGGGGACUGCUGCCUUGCAAGUUGUGUUUCAUAUUUACAGAAAUUCCAAGACAUGACUAUAGUAAUUUAUUUUGUUUUUAUUGUGCGCCCCCACAGCUGGAGACAGGACAGCAGAGUACAGUGGAACAUCUGAAGUUGAAAUGCAACCAAAAUAUUCCUCAAAACUCAAGCGAAUUUCUCAUUUGACAUAAGUUCAGUGAGCAUCUAAACCAGGAAAACUCCACAAGUGUGCUUUGUUUUUUCUUUGACUUUAGUUCAUAUUUUUGUGUGUGUGAUGAUAACCAUAGAAUUCAAGAAUUCUUUUAUUUUUUUCAAUUUUAAUGUAAAUAGCAUGUAGCACAUUAAAUUUUUCUUACUUCAAACUGUGAGCAAUUCAAUAAAGUGUUAGACUUGCCUGUAAAGUCUGAGCCUAAAACAAAUGAAUUCACUUAUAUUAUUUCCUAUGGGACAGAUUGUUUUGAAAUUAUAACAACUGGGAAGUCAACCAGCACCAGGAAAUAGCUUGUGUUCAACUUUGGACGUUCCACUGUACCAGGAUUUAACUGCAUCCAUUUUCAAAGUUAAGUUUAUCUUUAGACACAGAACUGAAGAAAACAUUUUAGAGGUUUAUUUUAACCUGAUAUCUUCACCACAUUCUGACAAUGACCAUUGGCCACUGUGUUUUCUUUGAAUGUUUUUAUUGGUCACAACUCAUGCAUAGGGUUUUGUUUUGUGUGAAAAUGCUGCCGAAUUAUGUACUAUUGUUCCAUCUUUCUGAUUUGGGUUUGUGUGAAUAUUUGUUAUGUACAUAAGAGAAAAUACAUGUUGAGCUUCACUUGUUCACUAUACAUUUAUUUAUAUGAUUGCUUUGCUGUAUUUUUAUGUUUUGUUUCGCCUGAGGUGGUAAGAAUGCAUAUUCCAAGUCAUUGGCAACAUUUCUAACCAACAUUUAACCAACCCUAUUAUGAAAUCAACAUAUAUUUGCUUAUAUCUUAGCAAAUAUCUCCUAUUGAUAAAUCCAUGCAUCAUUAUGCAUCAUGCUUGUUGGCUAUUAACUCAAACAGGCUAAUAGCAUUGACGUUAUUGCUCAAUUCCAAAGCUCUUUAUGUGUAAAAUAUUUCUAAUGAAGGUGUUCAUAUUUUUUGAAAAACAUUUUAUUAUAUGAAGUGUGAUUUUUGAUUUUUAUAAGUGUAUUUUUUGUAAAAAAAAAAAGAAAAAAAAAAGAAAAAAAAAAGAAGAAGACAAAUUUGUGACUUAAUAAAAAUAUAUACAAGUUGCUAGAGUUUUUGUUGUUGUUUUUUUAAUGUGUUACACCUACAUUUCAAUGACAACAAUUCUAAUUUUUGGGACAAUUACAAUGGUUUAUCAUCUCACAUGGUCAGAAAUUAUUAUU